CGUCGCUCCGUUCGCACAGAUAAAGAUAUGUACAACAUCACGUAAAUCUAUUUAUUUCCAUCCCCCCAGACUCCAGACGAAGCCAAAUAAAUAAACAAAGCGCGAUAAACAUAUAACAACAGAAGUAAGGAGAAAUAAAAUCAAUCCAAUCAGAAAUACAAAUAACAAUCGACACAAGUACCAGGAGGCCAGAGAUCAACAGACACUUAUUUACUCGCGAUGUAACCAUGGGAAUAUCUGUAGCUCGAUGGUUCGCGUCUCAUUAGCUUUCCCAAUAAAAUAAUUGUGAGUUUGCGGGCGGGCGGGGGCGCCCGGGCUCAGUGCUCCGCCGGCCGCCGUGGCGCGCGCAUCUCCCGCCCUCCGUGCUCUCCUGGUCCGCAUGGUGCGAAACACCCGGCCUCCCAGCAUUGUGUGUCAAUAACUAACCUCGCAAAGAAACCCCAGUUAUCGCAGUGGUGUUACGCUAGCCCAGUGUUUUCUGGGCAACCUACAUUGUGUCAACCGAAGUGCCAAAACAGAUCUACAUAAUGGAAAUAUACAUCAUAAUGGGAGUAGCUAUUCUCCUGUAUUCGUUCUUGACCUACGUCUUCAACAGUGACUGCUGGAAUAACCCUGAUGGGUUCAGCAAGUGCACCUGUGAAGACUGCAAGAGUCUCUGCUCUUACCGCGCGCCGUCGGUUCUGUCUGUUUCCUCAAAAAUCGACGUCGAGCGCCCUUGAAUCUCCUCCAAGUCUCUACCACCCUAGUCACUAAACUAGUCUUCCUAAGUGAACCAGUGCCAAAUUCAGUGUUUCCAAUUUCCAAUCCAGUGCCAAAGAAACUGUGCCAAAGUUACGUAAUGUGUGUGUGAUAAAAAACCUUCCAGUGCGUUCUGUGUUCCUGGUAGGAAUGAUUCAGUGAGGUAGGGGGCAUGGACCCGUUGGCCCGCCUGAUGGAGGGGGCCCCGUUGCCGGGAGUGCUGGGUGCCACGAGGGACGUGCGGCCCCGUGGUGCCCUGGUACACGCCAGCCUCGCCGCCGCCCCCGCGCUUGGAGACAAGAAGGGCCGCCAUCUCACCGGGACGUUCUGUCUCACCGGAGACACUAUGGAAGGCAUCAUCCAGUGUCUCGUCUUCUUGAAGGCAUUUUCGCUGGUCGGUGGCGAGUUCGAUAUGGAGCUGAACUUCGUGAUCCAAGACGCGCAGAACAUCCAACACAUGCUUGAGCUGCUCGACCACUGCCCACCGAGCCUUCAGGCGGAGAUAUGGUCGGUGUUCAUAGCGAUCCUGCGCAAGAGUGUGCGCAACCUGCAGGCGUGCACCGACGUGGGGCUCAUCCAACAUGUCCUGCAGAGACUACCCAAGGCGGAGACUGUCGUGGCAGAUCUCCUGAUAGAGAUGCUGGGGGUGCUCGCCAGCUACAGUGUCACGGUCAAAGAGCUGAAGCAACUCUUCAGUGCCAUGAAAUCUGUCAAUGGCAAAUGGCCGCGACACUCAGCGAAACUCCUGAACGUGCUGCGUCAGAUGCCCCACAGAAACGGACCCGAUGUGUUCUUCAGCUUCCCGGGACGAAAAGGCUCCGCGGUGGUGCUGCCCCCGCUGGCGCGCUGGCCCUACGAGGCGGGCUUCACCUUCACCACGUGGUUCCGGCUCGACCCCAUCAACUCCGUCAACAUCGAGCGGGAGAAACCGUACUUGUACUGCUUCAAAACCAGCAAAGGAGUCGGCUACACGGCACAUUUUGUGGGCAACUGCCUGGUGUUGACAUCAAUGAAGGUGCGAGGGAAGGGGUUCCAGCAUUGCGUCAAAUACGAGUUCCAACCAAGGAGGUGGUACGCAAUAGCAGUGGUGUACAUCUACAACCGCUGGACGAAGAGUGAGAUCAAGUGUCUCGUGAACGGCCAACUGGCGUCCAGCACUGAGAUGGCCUGGUUCGUCUCCACAAAUGAUCCUUUCGACAAGUGCUACAUCGGUGCUACGGCUGAGCUGGACGAAGAGAGGGUGUUCUGUGGCCAGAUGGCUGCCAUAUAUCUGUUCGGGGAGGCGCUAACCACACAUCAAAUCUGCGCAAUGCACCGGCUAGGCCCCGGGUACAAGAGUCAAUUCCGUUUCGACAACGAGGUCAACAUCAGUUUGCCGGAAAAUCACAAACGGGUGAGAGAGCCUGCGCCGUCGCUUGCCCCCGCUGAGAUCCCCGACCCCCCCGAUAUCCCAGACCUCCCAGAAACCCCUGAAAUCCCCGCUUCGGCAGAAGAAGAUACCAGGGAACCAGAAGUGGACGCAGCUAGCGUGGUGGUCAAGGACGACGCCACGCCGCGAGGCCGCCGCACGGCCGACGAGGCGAAAGAAGUGGCUGCGGCGCAUGCGUCAAUGCUCGUAGAUAUUGAAGCAUGCAAGCGUGUGCUGUACGACGGCAAGCUCUCAUCAGCCAUCGUGUUCAUGUACAACCCCGUCGCCACUGACGGACAGCUCUGUCUUCAGUCGGCGCCCAAAGGAAACGUGUCGUACUUUGUACACACGCCUCACGCUCUGAUGCUGCAGGAAGUAAAAGCAGUAGUGACACAUUCCAUACACAGCGCCCUGAACUCAAUAGGAGGUGUGCAAGUGUUGUUCCCCUUGUUUGCCCAACUGGAUCUACCCCACGACGCGCCUGCCGGAGAUUUGAAAAGAGACCCCUUACUCUGCUCGAAACUCCUUGGCUUCGUGUGCUCCCUGGUAGAGUCGUGCAGUACGGUGCAACAGCACAUGCUGCAGUGUCGUGGGUUCCUGGUAAUAUCGCACAUGUUGCAGCGAUGCAACAGGGACCAUCUGACCCCGGAUACUCUGGCUUCGUUCCUACAUCUGACGAAGCAUCUCGUGACGUCAUGCUCCCCCAACUCGGAUCUGCUACUGAAACAGUCUUUCUGUCAAUCCUUUUUGACUUGGCAGCUGUUGGACCACAUUCUCUUCAACCCUGCUCUGUGGAUCCAUACCCCUGCUGCAGUGCAGGCCAGGUUAUACUGCUAUCUGGCUACAGACUUCUUGGCAGAUGCCCACAUAUACGGAAGCGUCAGAAGAGUCAGUACCGUGCUUCAGACAGUGCAUACGCUGAAAUACUACUAUUGGGUGGCGAACCCCCGCGCGAAAAGUGGCAUCAGUCCAAAAGGUUUGGAGGGACCGAGGCCAGCCCACAAAGACAUUCUUACAAUCCGAGCGUACAUCCUAUUGUUCCUCAAACAACUGAUUAUGAUCGGGAACGGGGUGAAGGAAGACGAACUGCAGUCCAUUCUCAACUAUCUGACUACUAUGCACGAGGACGAAAAUCUACACGACGUCUUGCAAAUGCUGAUCUCACUGAUGUCAGAGCACCCUAGCUCUAUGGUGCCAGCUUUUGAUGCUAAGGGUGGAGUGCGCACGAUCUUCAAGCUUUUGGCAUCUGAGAGCCAACUGAUAAGACUGCAAGCGUUGAAGCUACUUGGCUUCUUCUUGAGCAGAAGUACACACAAACGCAAAUACGACGUGAUGUCGCCGCACAACCUAUACACGCUGCUCGCAACGCGAUUGGGCGCCGCCGGCGAAGGGUUAACUCUUCCAGUCUACAACGCCCUCUAUGAGCUACUGACGGAACACGUUGGUCAGCAGAUAUUGUACACUUCGCACCCCGAACCGCAGCCGCAUUUCCGACUGGAGAAUCCGAUGAUCCUUAAAGUGGUGGCCACACUGAUCCGGCAAUCGAAACAGACGGAGCAACUUUUAGAAGUGAAAAAGCUGUUCCUUUCCGACAUGACUCUCCUAUGCAGCAACAACCGUGAGAACCGUAGGACGGUUCUACAGAUGUCUGUUUGGCAAGAAUGGCUUAUAGCUAUGGCGUAUAUCCACCCGAAGAACGCUGAAGAACAGAAGAUAUCGGAUAUGGUUUACUCACUGUUCAGGAUGUUGCUUCAUCACGCGAUUAAACAUGAGUAUGGAGGAUGGAGGGUGUGGGUGGAUACGCUUGCCAUUGUGCAUUCGAAGGUCUCCUACGAAGAGUUCAAGCUGCAGUUCGCGCAAAUGUACGAGCACUACGAGCAGCGGCGCGCCGACAACAUCACGGACCCGGCGGAGCGGCAACAGCGCCCCAUCUCCACCAUCUCCGGCUGGGACCGGCGCCCGGAGCGGCAACGUCGCGACCACCGCUCCGUCCUACACCACGCCGCUCAAACGGAAAUAGGCAAAGGACUCUCCCUAAGAGAAGUUGAGUCCUGCAAUUGCACCGAACGGACUACAGACGAAGUGAUCUACAGUGAUGUGUGUAAAGUGCAUUCGCCAGUGAAAGAAGCCGGUUGUGAUAGUGUUGUGGAGCAUGCGUUAGAUGAGAACAGUGUAGAUGAUAAUGAGAGCGAGAAGAAGGUGAGUAAUGCAGAGAAUGAGCUAGUGCAGUCGAUUGUGGAUAGCAAACUACUGGAAAGUUCCGAGUCGGGUAUAGGCACGAUUGAUGAGAAAACGGAUAAGCCGUUGACUAGACAAGGGAGUCUUGAUUACAUUCCUGUGAGAGAUGUCGGUGAUAAUGUGUUGAAAGAUGAUAAUACGGAUAAGAGUGAAGGUAUGCCGUCAAGUCUGUCCAUCAGUGAAACGGCCAGUCCCGAGAGAAUGGCCGACGCGCUGCAUGUGGCGACAGAAAGAGAAUCUGAACUUUCAGAUCCGUCCGAGUUAUACCUUACCCCGAGUGAAGCUACUAGCCCUAAGAAGACAUACGAUAAGACUGAUUCAAACAUUCCAGAUGAUGACGAUAGUGACCCUAAGAGUAUAGCAAUUAAUAUCGUAAAUGACGUACUGACAGCAGCGCUUGAAACUGUAAGGUUAAAAGCUGAUGAUGACACAGAUUCCGGAGCUAUAUCCGGAGGACUACAUUCCGAAGGCAAUACGCCUAAUGGAAGAGAGGAGUUGGAGCCAGAACCAGAAAUGGAUGACAUUGUCGACGACAAACAAGAAGCAGAGCGGCUUGCAACGGAAAUAAUAACUGAAAUACUAUCGACUGUGAUAACAAAAUGUGAAGAGAAGACUGUAAUCGAACCAGAAAAUAUUACGGAAGACGCUGACAAUAGCCCUCAAAGAGUGAUCCCGUCAGAUCAUCUACAUGAAGGCAAUGUGCUGCCUCUAGACGGAGAAUUUAUGGUGGAUCCUUCUAGAACAGAGGAAGUGCCAUUAGAGAAGGAGGCAGAAAAGACUGACGUCGCUACAGAAGACGAAACCAAAAAUGAAAACGAGUCCGAAGAAGCUAUUCCCGAACCAAAGACGCCGGAAAUCCCAGCGAUUUCGACAAUCAGCGAGAACAUAGCACUAGCGAAUAAGGAAGAACAGGAGUUGCAAGAGCAAGAGGAGGAAAGGAAUAGGGAGUUGAGUGAGAGGGAGAAGAGGCGAGGCAGCUUGCCCGGUGAGGGGGAAAGAGACGGCAACAGGGCUGAUGGUGUGUCGUCGCAGGGUACCAACACUUCGACGUCGCCGAAGAGGCCAAGAAGUGCGUCAACUAGCACGCAGGUUGAUUCUAAUCAUUUUGAAACGAAGCGUCCCUCCAAGUGUUCGCGGCCGAUGUUCUCCCCCGGCCCGACUCGGCCGCCGUUCCGCAUCCCCGAGUUCCGCUGGUCCUACAUCCACCAGCGGCUGCUCUCUGAUGUCCUGUUCUCGCUCGAGACCGAUAUACAGGUCUGGCGCAGUCAUUCAACGAAGUCCGUGAUAGACUUUGUGAACAGCAGCGAGAAUGCAAUUUUUGUGGUGAACACGGUGCAUCUGAUCAGCCAGCUAGCUGACAACCUGAUUAUAGCGUGCGGUGGACUGCUACCCCUGCUUGCGUCUGCUACGUCGCCUAACAACGAGCUCGACGUCAUAGAACCCACCCAAGGCAUGCCAGUCGAAGUGGCGGUGACGUUCCUUCAACGGCUGGUCAGCAUGGCUGAUGUCCUGAUAUUCGCCAGUGCAUUGAACUUUGCUGAAUUGGAAGCAGAGAAGAAUAUGUCCAGUGGAGGCAUACUGAGGCAGUGCUUGCGAUUGGUCUGCACGUGUGCGGUGCGAAAUUGUCUCGAGUGCAAGGAGCGCCAGCGUCUCGCCGCCCGCGCGCCUGCCCACCACGACGAGGCCUCGCCUAAGAGCGUUGUGGCCAGUUUGGCAGACGUUUCAAGUCCCGUGAAGGACCCAGAAAGACUUCUUCAGGAUAUGGACGUGAAUAGACUGAGAGCCGUUAUCUACCGAGAUGUGGAGGAGACAAAGCAAGCGCAGUUCCUGUCGCUCGCGAUAGUCUACUUCAUGUCAGUGCUGAUGGUCUCCAAGUAUCGGGACAUCCUGGAGCCCCCGCCCCAUGCGGCGCCGGCGGCCAGGUCCUCGCAUCACGCCCCGCAUCACCACGGCUCGCGGCCUCUGUUCCCGCAAUGGUCGCACCACGUGUAUCCUCAGUUCUUGCCUGGUGGGCACCCCGCACACCGGCACCCGCACUGCAAACUCGACUGUCACGUUAACAAUAAUCACCACUCACGAAUCAAUAACUACCACCACCGUGCGCAUUCUAUCAGCGCAGACCACAAUGGUGAUGACGUGGAAUACGCAAUGAUAGUAGUGGAUGAAAAUAAUUCAACAAUGAAUGACCUGGACUCACCAUCAAUGAAGAAAAAGGAUACUGAGGGUGAAGCAGAAAAGGAAGGAAGCGAUGCAGCGAAGAUAGAGACCACAACGGACGAACUCAAACCAAGCAAUACUGACAAAAGUGCAAACAUUGAAAAACCAAAUCCAUCGCCUGCGUCCGAAAAAGAAGAACCUUUAUUCAAAUCCAGUCUUCGAAUGAAAACACAAGUGAAGCCAAAGCCUACGGCUCCAAGGUCUAAAAUACCUUCUGGGAUAACGGUGUCGGUGGUCAAUUUGAGUGUGGAUUCAAUCGAGGACGCAGGUUCCUUCCACCUCAACUCGACAGAGACCACCAACAAUGACCCAGAGACUUCAAGCGAAAUCGCUAUGGACGACAACAAGCUACCGGUGAGCAACGACGAGUCGUGGACGGACGUGAACCUGAAUGAGGACGGGGAGCGCGGGCCCGCCACCAUCACCGGCCGCACGCGGGACCACGAGGGGAACAUACAUGAAGACAUAGAGAAACAGAUUCAGCGCAACGAGUCCCACCACCUGCGGCCGCGGCACCAGAGCAACAGCUUCCAAGUGGCGCAGAGGCAUUUACAUUCGGACAACGACACACUCGCCGGGUUGACGAACGUCAUGAACUCUUCCAUGACAGUAGAGGGGGUCUCCCGAGAGGCGUCUCUGACUCACAAACUGGAGACGGCUCUUGGACCCGUCUGCCCCUUGCUCAGGGAAAUCAUGCUGGACUUUGCUCCUUUCCUCUCUAAGACCCUGGUAGGCAGCCAUGGGCAGGAACUGUUAGUUGAAGGCCUGCAAACCUUCAAAACGAGUACGUCAGUGGUAGAACUAGUGAUGCUGCUAUGCUCCCAAGAAUGGCAGAACAGUCUUCAGAAGCACGCAGGUCUGGCCUUCAUAGAGCUGAUCAACGAAGGCCGCCUGCUGUCUCACGCUAUGAGGGACCACAUAGUCAGGGUGGCAAAUGAAGCAGAGUUCAUACUGAAUAGGAUGCGAGCUGAUGAUGUUUUGAAACAUGCCGAUUUUGAGUCGCUAUGCGCUACAACAAGCGCAGAGCGUUUAGACGAGGAGCGAACAUGCGAGCGACUGAUCGCGGCGGCGCGUCGUCGCGACAACGCCACUGCCGCUAGGAUGCUCGACAAGCUGCGACAUGCCGCCGACCACGCGUCUGGGGAGCCUGGCAGCUCAACCACGCAGUUCUGGAAGCUAGACUCGUGGGAGGACGACGCGCGCCGCCGCCGCCGCCUCGUGCCCAACCCCCGGGGUCACAGCCACGCCGCCGCCGCGCUGUCGCGGUCGCCCUCCGUCAGCCAGCCGCAAGACGCUAUCAUGCAGGCGACAGAAGAGCUGCACGCGCGCAUAGCGGCGGGCGGCGGGGGCCGGGGGGCUCAGCUGCCGACGCCGGCCGCGGCUGACCUCCUUGACGACGCUGAACUCCUGGUAGAUGACCGGGAGAUUGAUGCUGAUCUUACUGGUCCAGUAAACAUAAGCACGAAGGCGAAGCUAGUGGCGCCCGGCCUCACGGCUCCUGGUACCGUCUCGCUGACGUCCACUGAACUCUACUUCGAGGUCGACGAGGAGGACCCGGAGUAUAAGAAGAUUGAUGCUGAGGUCCUCAAGUACUGCGAGCACCUGCACGGCAAGUGGUACUUCAGCGAGGUGCGCGCCAUCUUCUCCCGUCGCUACCUGCUGCAGAGCGUCGCACUGGAGAUGUUCCUCGCCAGCCGUACAUCAAUAUUCUUCGCGUUCCCCGACCAGGCCACGGUGAAGAAGGUGAUCAAGGCGCUGCCCCGGGUGGGCGUCGGCAUCAAGUACGGCAUCCCGCAGACAAGACGAGCGUCCAUGAUGUCUCCGCGCCAGCUGAUGCGCAACUCCAACAUGACGCAGAAGUGGCAGCGCCGCGAGAUCUCCAACUUCGAGUACCUCAUGUUCCUCAACACCAUCGCCGGUCGCACGUACAACGACCUGAACCAGUACCCGGUGUUCCCGUGGGUGCUCACCAACUACGAGAGCGAGGAGCUGGACCUCAGCCAGCCGUCCAACUACCGGGACCUGUCCAAGCCAAUCGGCGCGCUGAACCCGAGCCGACGGGCUUACUUCGAGGAGCGCUACAGCGGCUGGGAGCACGAGUCCACGCCUCCCUUCCACUACGGCACCCACUACUCCACCGCGGCGUUUGUGCUCAACUGGCUCGUCAGGAUUGAGCCGAUGACGACAAUGUUCCUCGCCCUCCAAGGAGGCAAGUUUGACCACCCCAACCGGCUGUUCUCUUCCAUAGCCAUGUCGUGGAAGAACUGCCAGAGAGAUACCUCCGAUGUUAAGGAGCUGAUCCCCGAACUAUUCUUCCUCCCGGAGAUGCUGGUCAACAACUCGGGCUACCGGCUCGGGCUGCCCGACUCUCCCUCCGGGGACGUGACCCUGCCGCCCUGGGCCUCCUCGGCGGAAGAGUUCAUCAGGAUCAACCGCAUGGCGCUCGAGUCAGAGUUCGUCAGCUGUCAGCUGCACCAGUGGAUUGACUUGAUCUUUGGGUAUAAGCAGAGAGGACCGGAGGCAGUGCGUGCUACAAACGUAUUCUACUACCUGACAUACGAGGGUGGAGUGCGACUAGACCAGAUCACGGAGCCAGUCACCCGCGCGGCUGUGGAGGACCAGAUACGCAGCUUCGGACAGACGCCAGCUCAGCUACUAAGCGAGCCUCACCCACCACGCGCGUCGCCCAUGCACCUCGCUCCGCUCAUGUUUGCAGCCGCCCCCGACGACGUCUGUCUGCGACUGAAGCUGCCGUCCAAUGCGGCCGUGGUCCACGUGUCGGCGAAUACCUACCCGCAGCUGGCCAUGCCGGCCGCUGUCACUGUGAGUUCAGCGCGAGCCUUCGCAGCGCACCGCUGGGUGGGCGGCGGCUGCUCGCACGCGGCGGCGCGCCACGCGGCCGACCACGCCGCGCCGCCGCCGCACCCGCUCGUCAUGGACCCGGUGUGGGCGCAAGGCGGCGCCCAGGCCCUGGCUCGUCGUCAGCUCGGCGACAACUUCUCUCAGCGCGUGCGGGCGAGGAGCAACUGCUUCGUCACCACCGUCGACUCACGGUUCCUCAUCGCCGCCGGCUUCUGGGACAAUAGUCUCAGGGUCUUCUCUACUGAGACUGCAAAGAUCGUCCAGAUAAUCUUCGGCCACUACGGCGUGGUGACGUGCGUGUCGCGCUCCGAGUGCAACAUCACGUCCGACUGCUACAUCGCUAGUGGCAGCGAAGACUGCACUGUGCUGUUGUGGCAUUGGUCGGCCCGUCACGGCGGCAUCGUGGGCGAGGGCGACACGCCGGCGCCGCGGGUCACGCUCACGGGCCACGACGCGCCCAUCAACGGAGUCCUCGUGUCGGCUGAGCUGGGACUCGUCAUCUCUUCUUCUAGAGACGGCCCAGUGCUAAUCCACACCACAUUCGGCGAGCUGCUCCGUCGCGUGGGCGGGCCGGGGGGGCCGGGCGGCGGCCCGCAGCAGCUGGCGUUGUCGCGGGAGGGGGUGCUAGUGGUGGCCUACGGACGCGGGCAUCUCGCCGCCUACACGCUGAAUGCGAGGCCGCUGCGGCAUUACACGCAUCAUGAUCAUUUCCAGUGCCUGCUGCUCUCCCGGUGUGGCGAGUACUUGGUCUGCGGCGGCGACGCGGGCGUGGUGGAGGUGUGGCGCGCGUUCACGCUAGCCCCGCUGUACGCCUUCCCCGCUGCAGGGGCGCCCGUGUGCUCGCUCGCGCUCAGCCACGAUCAGAAAUUCCUGCUGGCCGGUCUAGAGAAUGGCUCCCUGGUGGUGUUCCACAUAGACUUCAACAGAUGGCACCACGAGUUCCAGCAGAGGUACUGAGGGUAUCGGUACCGUUAGUAACUUAGCUAAGUAAAUUAUCAAUUAUAUUGACCAUUUUAUAAUACUAUCCUAUAGUACUAAUAGCUAUGGUCCUAAGAUAGUACCUUGAGGAAACCCGGAUUUUAUUAUCUGCGUAUAUGGCAGGAGACAUUAAACUGUUAUGGUUAUUUUGAAUUCUCAAGUGAGGGUAGUAUUAUGAAAUGUAGGAAAUAAACGUAAUAUAUUAAAAUGCUGGGUUGUAUAAAUAUUUGUUAGAAACGCAGUACCUAUGCUGUAUUCGGUAAGGGCAAGUGUACUUAAUGUGUUAAUUUAAAGUAUUUUUUUUUAUAAUUUGACAUUCCAUAUUUUGUUUGUGUUAUUUUUUGUACUUAAAAACAAAGAGUAUUUUAUUAAUUUUAAUAAGUCUUAAGUAAUUGUGUGACUACUGAUUUUAAUUUUAUUAUGUAGUGUAGUGCCAUAGGGAAAGACACAUCGGUGUACUAAUACCACUUAUUUGUGUCUUAACCUUUUAUAAUUCUUUGACAAAUAUCACCAAUGUAUUGCUCUUUUAUUAUGGUAGAUUUUAAAUGGUAACAUAGCUUUUGCUUGUUCAGCUUAUUUAAAUAAAGCAAGUCUUUCACUUGAAAAAAUACAUAGAUAAAAUUAUAUCUUGAUUAAUGGCACUUUUUGUGUGAGCAAUGAAUUUAUCUUAACGUUCCUUAUUUUAUUGUGAGUAUUGUGAAUUUAGUCCGUCCUUUUUUUGGAGAUUCGUCCUUUUAUUAUUUUUCCAUUCUUCGGUGGUGGGUAGUACUUAAUGUAAUGAAUUAAUGUUGUUGUAUUUAAUUAUACAUUUUUGGUUUUUAUUAAAUGGUUAUUGAAUGUAUUA